CAAGGACGCGGGUCGAGGAGCUAUGUCCCUGGGGUGGAAUAAAAUGGGGAGGACUAAGGGGGCCCCGAGAGACCCUCCCUUUCCCCUUACACAAGCAGACCAGUAAGCUCGGCCGAGCUCUCGGUCUUGCUAGAGACCUCACGUCCCAGGCUUUCCCCAGCAUGUGCGGACCUCCACGUGCCCCAGCCCUCAGGCACCCAUCUUUAGACCGCCCUUCGGUUCUGGUUUCUGGCAGUCGUCUCCUCACCGCCCCCGCCCCACACACCCACCCUUCAGCUGCUUUAGUCGAAAACUCCUUUCCUUACAAGGACAACUUUGUCCCAAGAUCAUGGCAAAUCACCUGAAGUUCAUUGCCAGGACUGUGAUGGUGCAGGAAGGCAAUGUGGAAGGUGCAUACAGGACCCUGAACAGAAUUCUUACUGUGGAUGGGCUCAUCGAUGAUAUCAAGCGGCGGAGAUACUAUGAGAAGCCAUGUCGCCGACGACAGAGGGAGAGCUAUGAGACUUGUCGGCGCAUCUACAACAUGGAAAUGGCACGAAAAAUUAACUUCCUGAUGCGCAAGAAUCGCUUGGAUCCAUGGCAGGGCUGCUGAAGCCAGCGGGGAUAAAGAGAUCCAGUGUGAAAACUCCCUAGUAGGCAACAGCUGUCUCUACAGGUUUCUUCUAAGAAUCUAACAAUUGGGGCAUUCGCUUCCCUCUUUUUCCAGCCCUGCUUUCUCUUGCCAUCUUUUCAAUUCCAAUAUAUUCAGAUACAUAAAUAUAUGCAUGCAUGCAUGCAUACCAGGUAUUCACACACACUUUACCCCUCUGCCAAUGAAUGAUAUCAUUAAAUGUUCCUCCUUGCCACCAUGUCUUCCUUGAUGAAUGGAAAACCCCACAGGACCGUGUCUUUGCCAUUCUGAAGAAACUGGGGGGCAGAGACUUCAAGAUCAAAUGAGUGGAAUAUAACACUUUAUUCCAUUCCUUGACCCCUAAUAGUUCCCAGUAAGGAAAACUAGGGACUACAGAUAAGAAAGGACCUCUACUAUUGUUUGAAAAGUCAUCUCUUUUCUUUUCUGAAUAAUUUCCUAAAUUGAAGAAGGGUAAGGCUCAUGUAAUUGUAAUAAAUUCUACUUCUGAAGCGUCCAACCAAACUAUUGUGCUGAAAUCUCUCCCCAUGGGAAUUCCUGUAAAACAAUCCAACUUCA